CCGACGACGCAAUUUACGGAUACAAGUUUUUAUACUUCUUAGCCCUUAAGUCGAUAUCGAAAAGCUGAUACUGCCUAAUCGUUGCUGGUUAUUUUAUUAACCAUGUUCCGCUUUUGCUUCUUGUUACUAGUAUCUUGCAGCUUCAUUGCUGCAUCAGAGGAGAUUCUCGACAGGCAGACGACUUACACUUGCGUUGGAACAUCACCUGCUAUUUUAACUAACCCCGAUGGCACCAAAACAUGCUCCACCUUCUUCGGAACCGCUUCCACGGGCUAUCCCAUUUAUAAGAACAUUCAUAUGACUACUGGCGUCGUUUCCUAUGUAGUCCAAACCGGAGUGAAUUCCAGCGGUCAGCCUAUAUAUAGUCCUAGCAACCAAUACGGACAACUGUUGAACACGACCACCACCACCCUAGCUCCCGCUACCUGUGCAGGAACGAUCGUCCCCAAUAUCGAUGGAACCAGAUCUUGUUCCGUUAAAAUCGGUACAGCGGCCAGCGGCUUACCCAUAUUUAAGGUUACUCACAUGACUACUGGCGCUGUUUCAUACAUGGUGCAGACUGCUACAAGCUCAACCGGCCAACCUAUUUACAGCCCGAGUAAUCAGUUAGGACAGUUGUUGACACCUACGACCUCCUGCUCCGGCACUUUGGUCACCAACAAUGAUGGGUCGAGAUCUUGCGUCGUCAGAACUGGAACAUGUUCAACUGGCUAUCCGAUUUAUAAGGUGACCAACGUUAACACGCAGGUGGUAACUUACGUCUCGCAAACUGGCGUGUCUUCAACUGGUCAGGCGGUUAUGACCGUUACGAACCAAUACUGUCAGCCACUGUCUGGUUAAAGUUGUCUAAAGAGACUGUGUUACGCUAACCUGUCAAUUGAAAUGCUGUCAAUGUCAAUGUUUGAAAUUUUGAAUCCCAAUUUGAAAUGAAAAAUACAAAACAAAUUCACAGAUUAA